AUGGCCGAUUCCGCCGCUCCAGUACAGACAAACCAACCCCACGUCGCACUCAUCACCGGCGCAGCCCAGGGCAUUGGACGCGCCAUUGCCCUGCGGCUCGCAGAGGACGGACUGGACAUUGUCAUCACAGACUUGAAAUCACAGCGCAUGAACCUCGACGGCCUCGCAGAUGAGGUAAGAGCGAAAGGGAGGCGAUGUCUUGUCUUGGAGUGUGACAUUUCACAAGAGGAAGAGGUCCAACGCAUGAUGCAGGCUGCGGAGCAAGAGUUUAAUAGUUUGGACGUCAUGGUAGCGAAUGCCGGACGAAUCCUUGUGAAGCCUAUGGUUGAUGCUACCCUUGCCGAUUUCGAUGGGAUCUUCAACACCAAUGUGCGCGGAACGUUCCUCUGCUUGCGUGCGGCAGCGCAAGCUAUGAUCAAGCAGGGGCGUGGCGGGAGGAUCAUCAGUGCGUCGUCGGUAUCAGGGAAGAAAGGGAUGCCGUUCCAUAGUAUUUACUGUGCGUCGAAAUCUGCCAUUCGGUCCUUCACACAGGCUCUCGCGAGUGAACUCGGAUCACACGGCAUCACUGUGAACGCCUACGCUCCUGGACCAGUUGAUACGCUUCUCAUGCAUGGCUCUGCCGAUGAAUUUGCAAAACAUGUAGGACUACCCGACGGCAAGACGUUAAUCCAAAGUUACCAAGCGAACGCGGCACUGCCGCGGAUUGGAACGCCGGAAGAUAUCGCGAACAUGGUGUCGUUCCUCGCAGGCAAAGACUCUGCCUAUAUCACUGGGCAGACGAUCACAAUUGAUGGGGGAUCAUGGAUGGAUUGA